AUGGUCAUCCCUUGGCCCUUCCACACUUGGGAGCUUGAUUUGGUGGGACUAGUCAAUCCACCAUCAUGCGGAGACAUAUGGAUCCUAGUGGCUAUAGAGUAUUUCACCAAAUGGGCAGAAGCAGUACCACUCUAUAAAGCCACGAAAGGAGCAGUAGCAAAAUUCAUCAAAGAGAACAUAAUUGUCAGGUUUGGGGUAUCCCAUAGGAUCAUCAGUGACAAUGACACACCCUUUGUCAACAACGAUGUAAGGAAGAUGCUAGAGUUCUACCAAGUUAAGCACUAUCGGUCAUCACCCUAUUACUCUCAAGGGAAUAGGCAUGCAGAGGCAACAAACAAGACCCUCAUAAAGAUCAUCAGCAAAAUGAGCCAAGAAUAUAUGGGAGGAUGGGCGACGUAUCUAUCAAACGCUCUUUGGGCUUACAGAAAAUCGCCAAAGUCAGCUACAGGGUUUUCACCUUUUUCUUAG